AUGACUCUUACCAUCGUUAAUUUGCUUUCCGUCCCUUUUUUCAAUUGUCAUCAAUCCUUAAAAUAUCGGGUAAACCGGUCUCUGUGCUAUCCCUGUAACAUCAUGUAUGGUUCCUCUGUACCCCCCAUGCCCCAUUCCAUUUUCGUUCCCCGAUUAACUCUUUAUGACUUACCAGAUCCAUGGCCCAUUCACUCCAAUUGUUUUCAUCCCGUCUUUCUUACCUAUCCCAAUCCAGCAUCAUUAUUUGCAUUUAACUUUUAUAUAUUUUCUGUAUGUUCGCGUUGGGACCCAUGGACGUCAAACUACCCAUUCGCUCCUCUUUGGCAGGUAUUCUCCUUUUCUAUGUAUAUACACCCUUGUGUCCCUGUUUUUAAUAUCAAACUGGCAUUAAUUGCCCGAUGA